AUGGGAAAGGUAGUCGGAUCAGUAAACGAAUUUCAGAGAUCUGUCGACAUUCAACUACCAUCAAGGACCAAAAUCAUCAGACCGAACAACCUCGUCUACAAACUGGAAAUACCAUCAAAUGACGAAUCAGUCCAAGAAAACGGGGAAAACCAACACUCACACUCUAAGGACAAUGAAAGACGCAAUACUCACCCAAUGAUAACAAGAUCUAAAUCGCGCCUGAACAAAACGUCUGCCACACUAGCUGUCAUUACUCUACUUCAACUCAUCUCGACAACAACUGGUAACAAUCGAUGUCCAAUGGAGAUCGCUACUCAUAAGAAAGUCAUUUUUGCCACGAAUUGCUCCACAAGAGCAGCUGCCAUCGCCACUUACGUUUCCGAGCUAGGAGAAAAGAUAUGGUGGUUUCCAGUGAAUUGUCCCAUGGAAGCCAUAAGAUCAGAUUUCCCUUUCCAUGGAAAUUCCACAAUCUGCGGAAAACCUUGCGAUUGUCCUGCAUGGGCUUUGCAAUAUUCUUUCACAAAUAGCGACAGGAUUCUGGAAUCCGAAAAAGGACGGCUUCCCUUACAUUUCAUGCAAUACCAACCACCGAAAGUCCGCUCGUUCUCACAGUCGCCUUCCUGCAAUCCAAAGAAGUCCAUUGGAGUUUUCAAUCAAAUAUUAUUGUUCGACUGUACUAUCAUAAUAGUGGAAAAUCUGACCAUCACCAUAAAAGAAUAUAUUGACGAAAGCGACUUUAUAUGUGUGGAUAAAGAAGGAAGGAGACGAGCACCAACCAAAAAGUGA